CUUGAGAACUGUGUAGCUAUACGGCUUGUAUAUACAUGAGUGCAGUCAACGCGACCCUUAUGAAGGGAUUAAAAAUUGAAGUUCCCUCAGAAUGAGUGAACAGAGCGGUCUAGACGAGCUACUGAAGGAUAUUCCUUCAGAGAUUCUUGAUCAGCAGUGCUCCGACAGAUUCCUCGCAGACGUUGCCGGGGAGAUCGUAGUCUGGCGGACGCUGGCACCGUAUUUUGAUAUAAGCCGAGGUGAGAAACAGAGCAUUAGGGAGUCGUGUCGUACUUAUGAUGAAGAAAAGCAAGAAUUCCUGUUUAAAUGGAAAGAGAAAAAUCCCGGGUGUGCUACAAAUAGAGCUCUGCUAGAGGCGAUUCAUUCUUCUAAUGCCAUAAAUCUCGUACACCAUGCUUGUAAGUUAUUACAACAAAAGUAUUGUCAGGCCACGGCAAGCAGCGUGAUAGCUACUCAAGCUGUCUCCCCCCUACUGCUAGAGUUCCAAAGUAAGCUGAAAAUGAAAUAUAGCACCCAUAAGCCAGUAAUGGUAACCGAGUGGCCUCCGCCUUGCUCUUUGGACUACAUCAAACUUGUACUUGUUCCGAAAAAGCAGAUCGAGAGGGGAGAAAUAAGUAAUGAUGAUGUUUACGCUAGAAUCUGUCGGAAUGUUGACGAGACCAUGGACACCUCUGAUGAGGUGAACAUUGAGCAAUUGCUUGCAAUCGACAACAGCAAGAGGAAGGUCAUUCUAUUUGAAGGUGCAGCAGGCUCAGGUAAGAGCACACUGCUGUGGCACGUCUGCCAGAUGUGGCAGUCUGGGGAGCAAUUCCAGCACUUCACUCUUGUGAUGUUGGUACAGCUCAAAGAUCCUGCAGUUCGCACAGCGAAAAGCCUCGCAGAGUUAGUGCCUUCUCGAUCUCACCAAUACUCUCAACGGGUGGCGUCUGAGAUUGAAGCUAUUUGUGGGGAAGGGGUUUUGUUGAUGCUGGAUGGGUGGGAUGAAGCUCCAGCUGAGCUAAGAGAAGAAGGCUCAUUUUUUCACGAUCUUAUAGCUAAGCCUUCUGAUUGGUCAGUUGAGAAGGCAGCUAUUGUAGUGUCUUCACGACCACUUACAUCAGAUGAUGAUUUGUGGGUCUAUUUAAGCGAGCGCGUGGCACUCCAAGGCUUUACGCGAGAAAUGAGAGAAAAGUAUAUUAGGGAGGCGCUACCGGAGAGUUCGGAAGAUGCACAAUGCCUCAUUGACAAUAUUGAAAGUGCUGAAACAACUGAUAGCAUUGAUUUUAGCCAUCCAUUAAAUAUUGCAAGUUUGGUUCAUAUUUUUCAGACAUCAGGUGGCGAUCUUCCGCCCACCCCUUGUCGCAUUGCUAUAAAGUUAGUCUUGUCUAUUCUUUUCCGUCACAUUAAAAAGACCCUUCCGAAGGGUAAAAAAUCAAUGAAGGCACUUAAUUCCUUUGAAGACCUCCCCCAGCCUGUGCGUGAAAAGUUUCAACAGAUCUGUAAAAUUGCUUAUGAUGGAAUGGUGAAUGAAAAAUUCACAUUCACUAGUGAAGAAUUAGUAAGUGGGGACGUGGGUCAGAUUGCAAGCUGCACUGAUGGUGACGAAGGUGAGGUUGAAACACUCAGUCUCCUACAACCCGAGUGUAGCCUAAUGUCUGUAGGCACUUCUACAGUCUACCACUUUCUGCAUCUGUCGCAGCAGGAGCUCUGUGCUGCAUAUCACGUCUCCAGACUCCCAGACCCAGAGAAAACACAUAUUGAUGCGCUCGGAGUAAUGCUUGGUGCCAGGAAGUUCUAUGCCUUUGAGUGUGUUGGCAAGUUUUAUUCAGCAUUGACAUCUUUAAAUGUACCCUCCAUAGCACAACAUCUCCGGGUUUUUACCGUAUAUCCGACAAACAAACCGAAGAUUCAAGUCAAGAAGUGACCUAUACACAAAGUUCGGAUGUAAAUAGCGAUCUGAUUUAGAAUGGCAUCCUGAUAGCUCGGAAGAAAGAGAGACACCUACUUUUGAAUCAAGUGAAGGGUCUGAUGGUUCUGUAGAAUGGGAACAUGAUGGUUUCCUUUACAAUGGAUGUGACGUUUGUGUUGCGACACUCAGAUGGAAGUAGUUAUUUUGUUUCCUCUCUUUCUCGAGUUUGUUAGAGAAUCGAUGAAUCCCAAGUUUAUUGACGACUCAAUUGGUAAAGAAGCCAGAAUGCAUAUUGACAGGGACACUGAGCCCACACUCACUGCUCUGGUUAGUAUGUCAUCCAGUUUAGAAUGGGUGACUUACUAUAUGCAUUUUAUUUCUUCGAAAAUGUUCACCGCCCUCAGAAAUAAACAAAAACUUAAGAUAUUUGCUGUAUAUGUGUUUCGUUGUAUAAGCGAUUGUGGCCAUUUUGAGGCAAUGAAAGAUGCCCUCCCAACCUGCCCCGACCUGGAAGAUGUGUAUAUGAGGGUCAGGUUCUCAGAGAAUAUUUCCCAAAUGUCUGUGAUCACACAGACGUUUCAGCACAUGCAGCUGAAGAAAUUAAACAUUCACGCACAGAGUAGUAUUAAAGAUACUCAAUUUGCAGAACUGGCACCAGCAUUUAUGGGGACAUCUUACGUGAGUAUUAAAUGCAAGGAAGUUGGCUCACAUGGUCUUGCAAAGCUUAAAGAUGUUCUUUUGCACAGCAAUUCUCUCGACUAUUUGGAGAUGCAAAUUGAACAAUAUGGGGGAGAAGAUAAUGAGUUUUUUGGGUGUCUUAGAGUAGCACAAUCAAUCCAUGGAAUUGUAUUGUAUGGUAAAGACUGGACUAUAUCAAGCCUUCAUGAUGGAGAACCGUCACUAGUAGACUCAGCAGUUGGCAGGGUGCUACUCUCAGGGGAUCUUGUACAGCUGGCUCAGAUAUUUGGAUUGAAUGAACCAUCUCCAGUUGUGGAAAAGAUUCUUCAUGUCCACAUUUUCAAUUCCUGCCUCAAGAUUGAUUUCAAGAAGGAAUGUUUCAAAUCAGUUAGUCUAGUUGAGUGUCAUCACAAGCCAAAUCGUUCAUUUUCAGAAUAAAGAAGUGAUAGAGGUUAAGAACAAAAUAAAGUUGAAUGGAGUACAAAUGCUUUGUAUGUCUCUUCAGAGCAUUGCGGUGGAGGAGCUUAAUCUUAUGGGACAUGAAAUAGGCGAUAUUGGCACGUCUGUAUUCAAAGACACCAUUCCAACAUUCCUGUGUUUAACGGAGUUGAUAAUUAGAAAAUGUAACAUAGGAGAAGCUGGUAUUGCAGCAGUGUUCGUUGGCCUAACACAAAACAAAACUCUUACUACACUUGAUGCAGCUUACAAUAAUUUUGGGGACAGUGGUGCCAUUCACAUAGCCAAAUUGAUCAACCAAACGUCAUUGGAAGUUUUGGACAUUGGCAAUUGUGGUAUAGGAGAGGGGGGUAUUGCUGCUAUUGCAGUAUCACUUAGAACAAACACUACUCUCAAAAGACUUGGUCUGUACUCUGAUAACCAAGUCCUCACUCAACAUUCUGAAACUGAGCUUUCAAGAUUGUUACUACAGAAUAGAACAUUGUCUGUUCUUCAAGUGAACCAAAACCACCCAAUGUACUGGCCCGGAUUAUACGGUGAUUGGGUUAUAGAAGAUUUGCAAUAUCUCAAGCUUCAAUGCAAUGCCUUAUGAUGGACACAGAUGCUAGAGAUGUCUAUCGUGCUGUCAAAGUUUCCUCAGUUAUAGCCAGUGUUGGGGUGGACAGAACCAGUUCUCUGGGCCAAGCUAUUGAUUCAGGAAACAUGGAGCUAGCUGCUGACAUUUUACAACUGGACAAGCUGCCACUUGGAAAGGGACAGAUCAAACUCAACAUGGAUGACGGCAAAAGCUGGACAGUAGAUUAUCACAGAAAAUGUGUUAGCAGUGAUGAUAGCUAAUAUGAACGUCAAUACAAUCACAUUUCCAAGUUUUU